AUGAUCCAGCGGCGUUCGGAGUUUGGCGAGUUUCAUCACUUGCUCCAGGAGCUCCGUCUGGAUGAAAACCGCUUUCAGCGGUACUUCCGUGUAUCCGUGGCCCAAUUUGAUGACCUGCUGUCCCGCAUCGGUGCGCGGAUAACCUACCAGGACACCAACUACAGGCGCUCAAUUCCAGCUGAGGAGCGCCUGUCCAUCUGUCUCAGGUUUCUUGCCACUGGGGACUCAUACAGGAUAAUUGGGGCCAGCUUCAGGGUUGGUGUCUCAACAGUCUCCGCCAUCAUCCCAGAUGUGGCAACAGCCAUCUGGGAGACCCUUGUGGAGGACUUUAUGGCUGUGCCCACAGCAGAAGACUGGAGGUCCAUUGCUGCGGAGUUUGAGCAGCAGUGGAACUUCCCACUGUGCUUGGGGGCUGUGGACGGAAAACAUGUCCGGUUAAAGGCACCGCCCAACUCAGGAUCCCUUUUCUUCAAUUACAAGGGGGACCAUUCACUGGUUCUCCUUGCCAUUGUUGAUGCCCGGUACCGGUUCCGGAUCAUAGAUGUUGGUGGAUACGGCCGGACGAGCGAUGGGGGGAUCUUGGCCAACUCUCCCUUUGGUCAGGCAUUGCGUGAGGGCAGACUUCCUCUACCCCCUGACCAACACCUGCCCGGAGCUGACCACAGAGGACCCCAGCCCCAUGUCUUUGUUGCAGAUGAGGCCUUUCCGCUGCAGAAACACAUGAUGCGACCCUAUCCCGGACGUGCACAUGGUGGCCUUACCCGAGAGGAGCACAUCUUCAAUUACCGCCUCUCCCGGGCACGGUUGGUGGUUGAAGAUGCAUUUGGGAUCUGGAGCUCACAGUGGAGACUGUUUCGCCGGGCAGUGGAAGUCAGCCCACAGGUCGCAGAGAAAUGUGUAAAGGCAACUUGUCUCCUCCACAAUUUCAUGAGGGCAACAGCAUCCUCACCUACACCGAGGGCAGCUGGAGCACAGAGAGAGGACCCACUUCCAAAUGUGAGGCGGAUGGGAGCCAACAAUGCAUCCCAAGAGGCCAUGAGGGUGAGGGAGGUGUUCAUGGCCCACUUUUGUGAAGGGGGAGCAGUGCCAUGGCAGCCGGCAUAG